UGUUUACAUACCUCCUCCUUCCCGCAUGAGCGUACGUAUUUUAUGGACGACCUUUAAUACAAAUCGACUAGAUUUAAAAAAAAUAUGACAUUAGUUCUGGAUGACUCUAUUCAUUGCAGAGCUGCUUAUUUCAUAUCACUUAUUGUGUGCAACGAGCUAAAUCUUAAUAUAAAGUAUAGAAAAGAUGCUACACGUUGUCCUAAAUUUAUUAUUGCAGAAAAGUAUUCUUCUUAUGGACUAUCAAAUGUUUCUCGACAAAUUAUAAAGAAUGCUGUAUCUAAUUCUUGUGAUGAAUUACAGUGUAAAGAGAUAGAACUGUUAUUGGGUUACAAGCAAAAUUGUUUAAAGGCAUGUUCUGCUGUAAGCAAAUGGACCAUGUUUUGUGAGGUAGAAUUUCCAAAUGCAGUUGAAACUUUUAUAAAAAAUUUAAAAAGUAGCAACUAUCCUAUUGAUAUUCCAGUUCAGUUUCUUCAACUCGAAAAAGAACUGAAUGUUAGUAAAAAAACUCCAAAUUAUAUCAAAUAUUUUAAGGGUAAAAAAAGCUCUAGUUUUGCUGCUAGAGAUGGUGCUAUUCUAACUCAUGAAGAAUUUGAUUCAAUUGAGGAUUCUCUCAUCCAUCUAUUUAAAGUUCAUAACUGCAUGAGUUGUAUUUGUAAAGAGACAACCUUAGCAGAAAGCAAGAAUCAUCCACUUUUAAUAGAAAACUCGGAAGUUUGCUGGCCUUAUCUUUGUGGCUUUAAUUUGACAAUUAUAGAUUUGUUAUUAUUGAGUAUGUUGCUGGAAUGUUUGGCUUGGAUUCCAUGUUUGUCGGUGGCAAAAGAAUUUUUCAUUAAACUCCCAAGCAUCCAUAAAUGGCUUUUAAGAUGUACUUCUUAUGUAUACUACAAAAAUGCUAUAGAAUAUGUUCAUAAAAUGUGGCAAAAAACCAGUUCUAAUUGUCAAAAAAUGAAAUUUAAACAAUACUUCACUUAUUCUUUUGCUGAAAAUAUCACACAUGUUACAUUUGAGGCGAAGGGAAUCAACCCUAGGCAGAUGCAUUGUACUAUCACAAAAAACUUGCCACUUAUAUAUGAUUUGUUAGAAACAAAUUGUAUUAGUCCGGAAAUUAAAAACUUAAAAAGUCAAUCCAUUGAAUGGGAUAAAAUACCAACAGAUUUAAAUCCAUCACAAGGAGACUUAAAUCCAGAAAGGGCUCUUCGUAAAAGACAACAAAUAGAGAAUAUGAUUUCAUUAAUUACACCUGUCUUAAAAAGUGGAGAUAAAGUUGUUGAUUUUUGUUCUGGUGGCGGGCACCUUGGUAUUGUUGUGGCAUACCUUAGGAAGGAUUGCACGGUAUUCUUAAUAGAGAACAAAGAAGAAUCUAUUGAACGUGCAAAAGCACGAAUCAAAGAAUUGAGGCUUACAAAUAUUUAUUUAUUACUGUCCAACUUUGAAUAUUUUGACAAGCCUUUCAACAUUGGUAUAUCACUUCAUGCUUGCGGCUCUGCUACAGAUCUUGUACUUGACAUGUGCAUUAAAAAAAAGGCUUCUUUUAUUGUUUGUCCUUGUUGCUACGGAAGUAUCCGACCAACAGGAAAUAUUGUUUACCCAAAAAGCAAAAAAUUUUCUUGCCUGACAAAUGAACAAUUCUUUUUACUAGCACGAUCUGCUGAUCAUACCUCAUCCGAUGAACAUACUUCAUUAAACUGCCAAAAUGCCUACUAUAAGCAAGGUAAAAAAGGAAUGUUGUUUGUUGACCACGACAGAGUUUUAGAUGCAGAAACAAGAGCUUCUUAUAAAACACAGAUUUAUUUAAUGACACCAGAAAGUUGUUCACCAAAAAAUAAUAUUUUAUUUGGCUUUAUUACAAAUUAACGAUUUGAUUUA